AUGUCUGAAUCUGAUUCUUAUUCUUAAAUAUAAUCUGAAUAGUCCGAUUAUGAUGAUUAAGUAGCUUGAUUUCAAUUAUUUUUAGCUUUGCUACUGGAUUAGAAAUUGUUUUAGAUUUCAAUAUGAUUUAGACCAAAUUUAGAUUAGAUUAAAUGAUGAACAAAAAUUAGAAGAUAAAUUGGAAUAUCUACGCCCAAUUCAUCAAUUAUUUGAUUCUUAUUAUUAUUUGAUUAACCAAAUAAAUAAAUACAAGCUAAGAUAUAAUGAUAACAAGUUAUACUAAACAUAUAUUGUAAAAUCAUAGAGUUUUUAAAAUGAAAUAUCAGGAAGAUGCCUUCAAAUUAUCACUUAAAUCGACUAAAUUAAUUAUUUAUACGAUAAACUAGAACAGAUAUAUCAAAUAUUUGUUUUCUUUUUAAAAGAUGUUGAUAUCGAGGUCUUAAUUUAAUCAAAUGUUUCUUAAAUAUUCACAAUGCAAAAGAUUAUUGAGAUUCACUACCCUCGUAUUAAUCUCAAACAGCUCUUUAAUAAAUUCGAUGGUUUUCUUUAAUUAUUUUAAGAUAGUGCUAAAAAAUUUUCAUAUAAAAAUACUCCAGUCUAUCCACAACCUCUAGAAUUUAUUUAAUUUUCAGGAAAAAAUAACUAAAUAUUUGGAAAAUUUUAUGAGUUAAGCAAUAGGGAAAGCUCUCUAAAUAACUACCUCAAUUAUCACUUCAAUAUUUUAAGAGAAGACUAUAUUUAUGAGAUGAGAAAAUAAAUAAGUUACUUAUCUGAAAAAGGAUUCGAUGAAAACACUGUUAACAUAAAUUUAUAUUAAAAUAUUCGUUUAAAAUCAUUUGAAAUAAACAAUUAUUAUUUGUUAUGGAAAAUAUCUCUAUAAUAAUAUCAAUUAGAUGGUAGAAGAUUAAAAACUAUUGAUUGGGAAAGAUCAAAAAAAUUAAGUCGAGGAUCUCUAAUUUGUAUUACUAAUGUUGAGUGUCAUCUUUUACUUUUUGGUGUCAUCACUUAAAGAAGUACAAAUUAAGAAGACUAUUACAAUUUUAAUAGAAUUAAUUUAGAAUUUAGAUUUUUAAAUCCAAGAUCUCAAAUUUUGGAAUUUUUAACUUUAUUAAAUCAAAAAACAAUUUUAUUUGAAUAUCAGAUUUAAAUCGAAACUUAGAUUUAUUUUUUGGAAGCAUUAAAACAAAUCGAAAAAUUGCCUUUUGAAAAUUUUAUUCUCAAAAAUUGGAGAUAAGUUUCAAAUCCAAAAUAUCUUCAAAAUAAUAGAUGCUUUGAUAUAGAUUUAACUGGAAAUUAUGUAUAUUCUGGGAUAAAAGUUGAUUUAUCAUAGGCAAUAUGGCCUUAAAUGAAAUCAACUUUAGAUGAAUCAUAAUUAAAUGCAAUAAAGUUAAUUCUUACUAAAGAAGUAUCUUUAAUUUAAGGACCUCCAGGAACUGGGAAAACUUACUGCGGUUUAUUAGCUACCAAAAUCCUAUAUGAAAAUUAUUUCACAAUUAAUAGUCCCAUUCUGAUAGUUACUUAAACAAAUCAUGCUCUAGAAAAAUUUUUAGAAGGUCUAGUUAAACUGGUUCCGUUCAGAGAUAUAGCUAAACUUGGAGGUGUUCCAAAAUCUGCUGCCAUUAAAGACUGCCAUUUUUAAUGUAAAUCAGAUAUUCAAUUUAGUUGGAAUGAUUUCAAAGAUCUUAAAAAAUAAUUAAUAAGAAUCUUUGAAAGAUUAAGCUCAUAUGAUUACUUUAUAAGUGAUAAAGAUAUUAAUAGAUACUGGCCUGAAUUAAGUGAAAAAUUAAUUAGUGAGUUUUAGAUCGAUAAUCGUUUAAAUAGAUCAUAAAUUGAUUUGUAAGCAGAAGAGUUAAUCUUAAAUAGCUGGCUUGAUGGAAAAUGUCCAAAAGCUUCAAUGCUUAGAUAACCCUAUAAUCUAUUUGGAAUGAGCGAUUAUUUUAAGAAAUCUAAGAUCUGUAAAUUAGAAUAAAAAAAUAAUAUUCUAGGAAGGAAUCCAGUAGAAUACUAUUACGAGAAUGAAUCAGAAGAUUUAGAUGAAUUUUUAGACUCCGCAGAUGAAUAUGAUUAAUAUGAAUUGGAUUAUCAAUAUGAAUAAAAACAUAAUGAGUUUUUAGUUAACUAAAAUAAUUUUAACUCCUUAUAUGAUUUUUAAGGAAUUGAAAAGAUUUAAGAAGAUUUAAAAGAUGAUGUUCUUAAUCCUUGGGAACUCAACUAUUAUGAUAUAAAGUAAAUAAUUAAAUAUUUGGAGUAUCUGAAAUCUAAGGAGGAUUGUUUAUUGUUUGAAAAAACGUAUUAGCAAUUUAAGGAGAUGUCAUAAACUUUAAAAAAUCUUUAUGAUAAAGAAGAAAUAAAAAAAUUAAGCAAAUACAAGAUUAUUGGGGUUACUGUAGCUUCUGCAGCAAGACAUAUAUUAAAAUUAUAGGAAUUAAAUAUAAAAGUGCUGGUAAUGGAAGAAGCUGCAGAAGUGUUGGAAUCUCACACUGCUUGCAUCUUGAUGAAAAAUUUAUAGCAUCUAAUUUUAAUAGGAGAUCAUUUGUAAUUGAGACCUUAAUUGAAAUGUUAUGAUUUAAAAAAAUAAUCAAACAUAGACGUUUCAUUAUUCGAAAGAUUUUAUUAAAAUUAGAUUCCAAAAGUGAAAUUAACUUCUCAACGGAGAAUGAAAACUAAGUUUGCUGAUUUUAUAAGGCUUAUCUAUGGAAAUCAAUAUUUAGAUGAUAAUUACGUUUAAUUAAAUAGAAAUAAUGAAGAGAUUAUAGGUUUAAAUGAGGACUUAGUAUUUUUUAAACAUCCUUGGUUAGAGGGUGAAGAUAAGAAAUCAAAAGAAAAUAUUAAAGAGGCUGAAAUGAUAACUAAAAUGGUUUAAUACCUUAUAGAGGCUGCAUACAGGUAAUAAUAAAUUACUGUUCUAUCAUUUUAUCUAAGGCAAGCUUAGAUUAUAUAGAAGCUUUUAAUAAAAAGUCACCUAAGUAAAGUAAAGGUUUAGACAGUUGACAAUUAUUAAGGUGAAGAAAAUGAUAUUGUAAUAAUUUCAUUAGUCAGAAAUAAUUUUUAAAAUAAACUUGGGUUUAUAGAGAGUAGCAAUAGAAUUAAUGUAGCUUUAUCAAGAGCAAAAAUAGGUCUGUAUGUAUUCGGUAGCUUUGAUUUCAUUAAAAAAGCCUCAAGCAGCGAUUCCUUGUGGUAAAAAAUUAUUGAUAUGGCAUAUGCUAAAAAAUGUUUAAAUAAUUUUAUAACUUUAAAAUGUUUGAAUCAUGGUACUUUAAGAAAAGUUUAAUAACCAAGUGAUUGGUUCAAAUUUUAAGCAGGUUGUUGUGAUAAGAUUUGUGACUAUAAUUUUGAAGGUUGCAAUCACAGAUGCACAAAAUAGUGCCAUUUAGGAAAUCAUUAUCUAGAAAAAUGUCCCGAAAAGUGUGAAAAAUUAUUAGAAUGUGGGCAUAACUGUGAACAAUAAUGCAUUUAACCAUGUAAAUGCACUUAAUAGAUUCCUAUAAAAUUACCUAAUUGCAACCAUGAAGUUCUUGUAAUUUGUGGUUAAGAUCCUUUGAAUAUAAAAUGUUAAAUGGAUCUUCAAUUAACCUAAUAAAAUUGUUUACAUAUACUUAAUUUUAAAUGCUUUGAAAGGGAAAGCGUUGACCCCAAAUGCUAAUAUGAAUGUGAAAGAAAGCUUCAAUGUGGCCAUAUUUGCAAGAAGAAAUGCUGGCAAGAGUGUUAGCCUUGUGAAGAUUAAUGCGAAAAAGUUAAAUAUUGUGGACAUAAAUGUUAAAAUUUGUGUCGUUAACCAUGUUCGAGUUGUAAUUAAGAUAUUUCUAUAAAAUAUGAUUGUGGGCACAUCAUUAAAAAAUCGUGUUAUUACAUCUAAGAUCUCUUAAUUUUAAAUCAAAAUAUCAAUCCUUUCUUUUUUAGAUCAUAAAUUGGAUAAAAAUACUUAAAAGAUUUAUUUUAAAGAUUGGCUAUAGGUAGUAGAGAUGCUUUUUAAAUAUUUAACAAUCAAGCAGAGUUUUAGUGUAAUGUCCCUUGUUAAAAACCAAGAGAAUGCGGGCACAUUUUUGAAUGCAAAAACUUAUGCCCUGAAGUUUGCACUCCAUGUGAAUAUUAAUUUCCUGUAACUUUAAAAUGUGGUCAUUCAUACUAAAUUUUAUGCAAAAAUAAGGAUGGUUUCUUAAAAAAUUUCGUAUGUAAAAAAUAGUGCAUAAGACAGUAUAAAUGUGGACAUCAACAACAAUGCAAAUAGAUGUGUUUUCAAUAAUGUACUCCAUGUAAAGAAAUAGUAUUAAAAUAAUUAAAUUGUGGGCAUCCAACUGUAAGAACAUAAUGCUUUAACAAUUACAUAUGCAAAAAACAGUGUACUAAAAUAAGAAUUUGUGGGCAUUCAUAUCCUUGUCAUAAUAAGUGUGGCUAAGAGUGUUCUCCUUGUUUAUAAAAAAUUUCUAGAACGUUAGCCUGCGGACAUUCAAAAGAGAUGAAUUGUUCUUCCACAGAUUUUACAUGCACAUGGCCAUGUCGCAGAUAAAGGUCUUGCAAGCAUAAUUAUCCUUGCUAUAAUUAUUGCUCACAAUAAUGUACUCCCUGUAAUCAAGUUAUGCUGUACACCUUAUCUUGUGGUCAUUAGACUUAAGUUUAAUGUUGGGUUUUAUAAGAUCCAUAUUAAAGACAAUAUAGUGAUACCUUUAAAUGUUAAAUUUGUCAUUAUAACUUCUGA